AUGCAAUCCUCGCUUCCGACCAUGGUCCCCGACCACCAAGAACGCGCCCCGGUGAACAGGGUAUCCGAUCUUUGGUUCUCGCAAGGCAUGGUCGUUCUGCAAGCGGAGGACACCGUCUUCCGCGUCAGUCGCGCGAUCCUCGCUGCCCGAUCGACGGUCUUCGAGUCGAUGUUUGGCAUCCCGCAGCCGCCGGUCGAUGAGACGGAAACGUUGGAGGGUACGCAGGUCGUCGUGCUGCAUGAUCGCAAGGAUGAGGUCGAGGUGUUUCUGCGGGCGAUCUUCGACUCGAGCUUCUUCAUGCCGCCGCCCGCGCCAGUCGGCUAUGAUGCUGUCCUCGGCAUUCUACGGCUUGCGCACAAGUACGAUGUGGGCUACCUGCUCCGGCGGGCUGUGCUGCAUCUCGAGACAGCCUUCUGCACGAGGCGGGGUCAGUAUGACCCCGAUACACCGCUGGUCAACAGCAUCGGGUACAUCGAUGGUGUCCUCGAGAUGGAUCUGCGCGCGAUUGCUGUAUUCGAGUGCACUGGUGUCAAAUGGCUCCUCCCGUGGGCGUACUACAGCGCGGGCACGUACUCGCACGCGCGGAUAAAGAGCUGCGCGGACUGGCAUGAGCUCUCGCAGGACGUUCAGCACACGCUUCUCUCGCUCGCGCACAUCCACUCUCGGGCGACCAUUGCCAUCCUGUCGAUCAUCGCUGUGCCCGUCGACGAAUGCCCGACGAAACGCUCGUGCUCGGGCGCUCGGCUGGCGCGGAUGCACAAGGAGCUGCUGCCCGCUGCGGAUCCCACCCAACGGGACUCCCUGUGGGAUUGCCAUCCGUUCUUUGUGUGGCGCGCCCACGACUGGGCUGCGUUUAGAAAUGAAGUCUGUGACGUGUGUGUUGACGAGAUGCGCCACAGGCAUGCAGCGUUCCUGGACCAGCUGUGGGAUCAAUUACCCGCCAAUUGUGGACUCGAAGAUUGGGAUGCGUUGCUGGCCGAGCGGAAGCGUAUGCUGGAUUCCUGAGCAACGCCGUCUGGAAGUGCAUGAAGCGAGCGUUUAAGCGCCUUGCAGGUUCUGGGUUCUGAUUGUAUCAUAAGUAUGACUGCCAUAAUAAUGUACUCCAACGUACUGGAUGAGGAAUGCUAAAUUUGCUUUGUUCGCAGCUUGGCA